ACAGUCUGCAGGAUGGCACGGCUCGCGUUGCCCGUGGUGGCCCUAGGGCUGGUGGCCUGCGUCUACGCUGCUCCAGGUUACGGUAGGAGCUCUGACGACCGGGGAGGAAGGGGUGACGGUUUCGGCGGCGAUUACGGCGGCGGUGGUGGCUUCAGCGGAGUUGGCGGCGGCGGCAGUAAAAGCUUUGGAACCGGUGGAACAUCAGGCGGAAUUGGAGGGAUCGCUGGACGCGGUUCUGGACACGGGGGUGCUAGAGGCCUUGGCGGCGGUGGAGGCCUCGGAGGCGGUGGAUCAGCAGGAGGACCCGGAAGCGGUGCCGAAGGCGGUUCUGGACACGGAGGCGCUGGAGGCUCUGGAGGCAGUGUCGGCGGUUUUGGCGGCGGUGCCGGAGGAUCUGGAGGCCUUCCUGGUCAACGCGGUGGUGCUGGAGGUAGAGGUGGAUUCGGAGGCGGCGCCGUCGGAGGCCGCGAAGGCGGCGGGCGAGGGAGCGGCUGGACAGGCGGCAGCGGCGGCGCUGGCGGGCUCAGCGGCGACUCUGGCGCGAGAGGCCGCGGCCGCGGUAGCAGCUACGGCGGUGACGCCACGCAUGCUUUGGGCACUGCGAGCUCGAGCGCGGGGCACUACGCCGGGCAGGGUGGUUACGGGUGA